AUGAUCGGGCAGAGGACGCUGCACUCCUUCUUCAGCCCCGCGCCGGCCAAGAAGCGCGGCCGCUCCCCGGAGCCGGGCGGCGAAUCUGAGGUGAGCGCCGCCAAGAAGGCGAAGGAAGCCGGCGACCAAGCGAGCCAAGGUGCGCUGAGCGCGGAGCAGCAGGAGCGCAUCCGCAGGAACAAGGAGGCGGCGCGGCAGCUGCUGGCGGAGCGCAACGUGCCCCCGGGCUUCGGCGACAGCUGGCGGCGGCAGCUGGCCGGGGAGUUCUCCAAGCCCUACUUCAUGGAGCUGAUGGCGUUCGUGGCCGAGGAGAGGAAGCGCUACACGGUGUAUCCGCCCCCCGAGCAGGUCUUCACCUGGACGCAGAUGUGCGACAUCUGGGAUGUAAAGGUUGUUAUUUUGGGACAAGAUCCAUACCAUGGACCUAAGCAAGCUCACGGACUCUGUUUCAGUGUCCAGAAACCUGUUCCACCUCCCCCCAGCUUGGAGAAUAUUUACAAGGAGCUCUCUGAGGACAUUGAGGGCUUCACCCACCCUGGCCAUGGGGACCUGACAGGCUGGGCCAAGCAAGGAGUGCUCCUGCUCAACGCUGUGCUCACGGUUCGGGCUCACCAGGCCACGUCCCACAAGGAGAGGGGCUGGGAGCAGUUCACGGAUGUCGUGGUGUCCUGGCUCAACAAGAACCUGCACGGGCUUGUCUUCAUGCUCUGGGGAGCCUAUGCCCAGAGGAAAGGCAGCUCCAUCGACAGGAAGCGUCACCACGUCCUGCAGACGGUUCAUCCCUCGCCCCUCUCUGUCAACAGAGGGUUUUUUGGCUGCCGGCACUUCUCCAAGACUAAUGAAUUCCUCAAGAAAUCUGGGAAGAAGCCCAUCGACUGGAAAGCACUCUGAGCUGGGGCUGAGGCUUGGGAGCAGCCCCUGGG